AUGGCAAGCUUCCCCGUGGACCGCCUCAACAACAAGUCCAGCGUGGCGAUACUCGAGACCCUCUGCAAGAGGUCUCGCUACAACCCCGACAGCGAGCAGCUCUGCGCGCAGCUCUACGAGCGCGUCAAGGAUCUGCACGAUGCCAUCGCAUCAGACGAAGGCCAGCUCAAGCGCAAGUACAUUGACGUCCUCGUGCGGUCCGUCAAGCUGACGCACCGCGACCCACUGCUGUUGCGUCUUGCUACGAGCAACUCGACGCCGUACAAAGUGCGUGAGCUGCACACUGUUCUCGACGACAUUGCGGCUGGGCUUAGCGUGUCCGACCACGACCCGAUCAUGCAGUGGCAAGAAGGCUGGGAUCGUGCCAGCGAGGGAAUGCGCAGUCGCCUGGUCCAAAUGGUCACAGCCUCCAACGAGCGCGUCCUCACUAGCGACCUCCGCGGCGAGAAACGGGUCGAGGAAGCGCUUAUGACGCUGUAUGCGGGCCUCGAAUCCUAUGAGCCCGAGGAAUUUCGGCAGUUCAAGCGCAGGAUCUACGACCAAGUCCGCCAGUUUUCCUCGAUACAUGGGCCAGCCAUGUUCGACUGGUACACGCCACGACAAAAUGUGAGGAUCGACAAGGACCAAUGGAUCGGCAACGGCACGUUCGGAGACGUCUCGCGGGGCACACUGCUGCUACUGAACGGGGAAAGGCAGAACGUCGUCGUCAAGCAGGUCUUCAAGCACGUGACGAGCGACGCCAAUUCCACCGAAUUGUUUAUGAGGCAACUGGAGUUUUGGUACGAUCUGAUGAAGAACGAGGAUAUCCCCAAGACCCACAUCCUUAAGCUGUACGCUGCGGUUCACAUCGGUGACCCUCAGUUGUACGUGUGCGAAGACGCAGUGAACGGCAGCCUCAUGGAUUUCUUGGGCAAAGAAGAAAACCGGUCGCAGUUCUGGCCCAUGUUCCUGCAGGUCGCGGAAGGACUGAAGACCCUUCACUCGAAGGGCAUGGUCCAUGGAGGCCUCAAGUGCACCAACAUCUUGGUGGGGGAGGGCAACGUCGCCAAGCUGGGCGACUUUGGCUUCAGCUUUAUCCGUAGCCUCUCCAUUGAGCUGAGUAGCCACAAGAACAAAGCGAUGACCUCGUCAGUCCGGUGGAAGGCCAAGGAGAUGCUACAAGAGUUGACUGACUCAAACUAUCGCUUCGCGUCGGACGUGUACUCGAUGGGCAUGUGUAUGAUCGAAGCGAUCACUCAAGAGCCACCCUUCGGCUUGCUAGAUGACGACGCUGUCACGGCAUUGAUCAUGAGCGGGGCCGGACACGAACGUCCCGAUGGGGUCUCGGAUGCUGCAUGGGACCUCAUUUCAGACUUGUGUGCCGCGGAUUACACGCAGAGACCGACACUCGGGCAAGCCGCCCAACGGAUCAGUGAGCUAGCCGCCAACGGAGCUGGCGUAGGGGCAUAA